AUGCUGCAUGUCGGCAGAUGCCUGAGAUCUUCUUGCUCCCGCGGCCCUGCCGGCAUAUCUCUUGAAAGCCUGGCGAAGCUUUUCUACUUGCAACGCGGACCGUAUGCCGCAGCUGCUGGUCGUUUGAAUUCGACGGCUUUGGUCAGUGCGGAGGAGCUGGCUGCCUGCCGACCUCCCGCUCAGUACUUGGAAUGCCUGGAUGAGAUGGUUUCGAUCGCCGGGCAGCGCCCAUCCUUGUCAGGCAAGGUUCACACCCGCAGGAUGCCAAAUCAGAUGGGUGAGCUGCCAUGCAAUUCUUGUGGCAGAUAUUUUGAAAUGGAGGCCUUCGCCAGAACGAGAACGGUCUGCAAAGACUGCUCGUGCAUGCAUGCGUCCAAUCACUACCGCACGUUGCGAGGCUUCGUGCUGAAGAUGUUGACUUCGGCAAGAGCGAGAGCCAAGCGAAAAGGGUUGACACACAACCUACAGUUGCAGGACGUUCUGAACAUGUUGUUGAAGCAAGGUGGGAGAUGCGCAUAUUCUGGCAUAGCGAUGGAGAUGUUGGUUCCUUUCUCUCACUGGCGCAUGUCCCUAGAGCGGCUAGACAAUUCGGAAGGAUACGUGAAGGACAACUGUGCCCUUGUAGCUGCUGAAUUCAACUCGCCUGAUUACAGCAGGUGCAAAGGCGUGCGAGCAGAAGACAUACAUGGCACAGCUCAGUGGUCUUCCGAAAAGGUAUGCAUGGUUGGCUGUGUUGACACCACCGCCGUGAGCCUGUCACAGCUUGAAGCAGAUGUUGGCCGCGCUACUCGUCGUCCAAAUAUUUCAACAGCGUUUGGUGACUACCAUCGUUCUUACAUAAGAACCUUAAGGGGAAAGGCAAAAUCCCUCGCAAACAAUGCACGAAACUCUUCUUCAAGGAGGCAACGAACAAGUGAAAUUGAGUAUACUGAUAUCCUGCAGAUGCUCCUGAAGCAGGGCGGACGAUGUUUUUACUCAGGUAUUCCGCUACAGUACGACCAGCCUCAUGUUGAUUGGGCCAUGUCUUUAGAACGGCUUAACAAUAGCUGCGGCUAUGUCCGAGAUAACUGUGUCUUGAUCGCCGCAGAGUUCAACACGACUGACCUCAGCAAGAACGCAAAAGGCGAGGUGUACGGAUCAUCGCAGUGGUCUCGCGCCAAGGUGAUGCAUGUUUGGGGCCAAGCUGGCUGCGACAGAUUCAGUCAGUCCUGA